AUGAAUGAUGUAACACGUCUGGCAACAGCCGGAAGUGGAUCUACAACCGAUUCUGGUUUGUUUUCAACCAGCAAUUGGAUUCGUUUCUCUGGUGCAGGUGGCACUCAAAUAACAACAUCAUCACCGGGUCUAUAUCAUUGUACUACAUAUUAUUCUGGUUGGUACUCGAGCUCACUACCUUCGUCUGGUGAAACGGUUAAUGGCACAGUAUGUUAUACAUAUAGUUCAUCUUCAUGUUAUUAUGCCAGUAUAAUAUCGGUAACAAAUUGUGGUUCCUUUUAUGUCUAUAAUCUUGUUAAUCCACCCAUUUCCCUUAUGCGUUAUUGUACUGUUUAA